AUGGAUGUGGUAGGGGAAAACGAGGCCCUGCAGCAGUUCUUUGAAGCUCACGGGACCAGUGACAGUCUGGGGAACCCGACGCUGGAUACAAGUCUGCUGGAGGAAUUCUUGGGCAAUGAUUUCGAUCUGGGGGCCUUAUCAAAGGUGAGUGCCAUCUGCCUCGCGCACGCCUUGCAGCGUCCCUCUUCUUGGACUCUGGGUGGUCAGAAAGAGAGCUCUUCUCACCUGUGUGUUCCCCCAGGUGCAUGCUGCCCAGCGGUGAGACCUGCAGCCGGGAGGACUCCAGCUACUUUCCUCCACUCCGCGGCUGCACCUGACUCGCUGCCUGCGCAGCUGCCGCAGAGCUCGCGUGAAACGAGCAACUCUGCCCGCACCCACAGCGGCGUCCACAACUGCUAUCCAGGCUCCGGUCAUUUUACGACCCCCCCGGACCAUUGCGUGUCCUGCCGUCCGGGGAUAAGCCGUUCUUACCAUCAGCAGCCUCUGUGCCACAGCCCUGGAGCCUCGUUGCCACCAACCAAGAAGAGGAAGUGCACACAGGCGCUGGAGGACUCCGGGGACCAUCAAGUGUGGGCCCACCACUCCAGACCAAUGACAAAUAGGAGUCACAGCAGUGAAGUGCAAGACUACGAUGGUGAGGGACAGAACAUGAUGCCUGUGGACCAGUGUUCUCCUACUCUGAAGUGGCAGCCGUAUCAAAGUGUUCCUUGGCACAGUUUGUUGAAUGGUCAUUACGAGAAACUACCCGAUGUAGGUUAUCGAGUUAUCACAGACAAAGGAUUUAAUUUUUCACCAGCAGAUGAAGCUUUUGUUUGCCAAAAGAAAAACCAUUUUCAGAUAACCAUCCAUAUCCAAGUCUGGGGAAGUCCAAAAUUUGUCCAAACCCAAAUGGGCCUAAAGCCAAUAGAAAUGUUUUACUUGAAAGCUUUUGGGGUUAAGGUAGAAGCCACCAGUCAAAUAAUUGCUAUUGAACAAUCCCAAGCAGAUAGAAGCAAAAAGAUUUUCAAUCCUGUUAAAAUCGAUCUGCUGGCCGACCAGGUCACCAAAAUUACAUUGGGCCGCUUACACUUCAGUGAAACUACAGCAAAUAACAUGAGGAAGAAGGGAAAACCAAAUCCUGACCAGAGGUACUUCAUGUUGGUGGUUGGACUGUAUGCUGCUAACCAAGACCAGUUCUAUCUAUUGUCUGCCCACAUCUCUGAACGGAUCAUUGUAAGGGCCUCUAACCCUGGGCAGUUUGAAAAUGACAGUGAUGCAUUAUGGCAGCGAGGACAAGUUCCAGAAUCUGUUGUUUGUCAUGGUCGAGUGGGAAUCAAUACAGAUGCGCCGGAUGAGGCCCUGGUCGUCUGUGGCAACAUGAAAGUGAUGGGGACAAUUAUGCAUCCCUCUGACAGCAGGGCAAAGCACAAUAUCCAGGAGGUUGACACAAAUGAGCAGCUGAGACGAAUAGCCCAAAUGAGGAUUGUUGAAUACGACUACAAACCAGAGUUUGCAUCUUCAAUGGGAAUAAACACUGCCCAUCAAACAGGAAUGAUCGCCCAGGAGGUACGAGAGAUCCUGCCCAGAGCUGUAAAAGAGGUCGGUAAUGUCACCUGUGAAAAUGGGGAGACGCUGGAGAACUUCCUCAUGGUCGAUAAGGACCAGAUCUUUAUGGAAAAUGUGGGCGCAGUGAAGCAGCUCUGCAAACUAACAAACAACCUUGAAGAAAGAAUAGAAGAGUUAGAAAUAUGGAACAGAAAGCUGGCCAGGCUAAAGCGGCUCAGUAGUUUGAAGUCUUCAGCCAGUGAAGCAAGCUCCAUCAGCAAAUUUAGCAGAGCUGUUAGUGCAUCUUCUCCAAGAAAGGCCAUUCCCAAAAAAACCAACAAGGUUUAUUUUUCAGGAAAAAAACAAUUGUGUCCUAACUGGAUUUUCCAGACCUUGGUUAUAACUCUCAUUGCUGUGAUGGCCUUUUGUGCCUUGACGAUAGUCUCCCUUUACAUCCUUAGCUUAAAAGAUCAAGACCGACAUGCCCCAAAUCUCUCUCUGAGCAACAUCACAAGCUCUCAGGAGCCAGCCCUGCCACCCACAGCCUCCCCCUCAGCAGCACGUAAUACAUCUCUGGCAACCACACAGUCCUCCUUCCGAGUACCAGAAAUCACUUUCUGUGAGAUUCUGCCUUGUCAGGAGACUUACUGCUGCCCCAUCUGGGGAAAGAGAAGAGUCCUCUCAAGUCUUGUGCAAAGGCGUUCCAAGGAGGAAUUCCAUCAGAGGCCGUGGGCAGAAGACAGAAGCAUGUCAUUCCUGGCAAGAGAUGCGCUAACCAGCCCUGACUGGGGGACUGACUGGAUUGACACAACCAUUAGUUCUAUUCAGAUUAUGGAAAUCCAGCAAGUAAUAGAUCAUCGGUAUUGCAAUGGAGACCACCAGUGCGGCUCUGGAAACUACAAUUACAAUAUUCCUGUUAAUAAGCACACACCUGCCAAUGUCAAAUUCUCUCUGGAAAUCAACACAACAGAACCAUUGAUAGUCUUCCAAUGCAAUUUCACCCUCGGAAAUAUAUGUUUCCAUAGUAAAAGGGAAGCCAAAGGGAUACAAAGCCACCAAGAGGUCUCCCAGGAGAUGACACAGGGCUAUCAGCACAUUUGGAGCCUCCCUGUAGCCCCAUUCUUUGAUAGCACAUACCACUUCCGUGUAGCUGCACCGGAUUUAGCUGACUGUUCAACGGACCCUUAUUUUGCUGGGAUAUUCUUUACAGAUUACUUCUUUUACUUCUAUCGGCACUGUGUCUGAUGUAUUCGAAUUUGGUUGAGGACCUCGCCAAGGAAAAAUACUCAAAAAUACGGCGAACAGAAACAUAACUUCUUGCAAUCUCUUUCUUCUCUUUGUAAAACAUUCACAUUUAUUGCCAUAGGGCUUUUUCAAGCUUUGGCUUCUGACAGUUUUGAGACGUUAAUGAGGAGAAUAAAGUGCCGCAACUUGA